CGUCCACCCUGCCCGACCGCGCUCAUCAUUUCCCCCCUUCUUCUGCCCCCGCCAUUCAGGCCUCUCGAACCCUUUUCAUCCUUAGCAUCGUCAUCUCCUUUGCCUCUGACCAACUGGAGUCUUCCAUCUUCCCUGACCGAGCCCCGUCCUCCGCCCUCCCCGGGACCCGCGACACAAGUCCUGUCAUCGCCGCCGGCUUUGCCUUUUCCCAGCACUACGUACACCUACUGCGUAACGCCACACCCUGCUCUAUGCCAAUGUGCUAACACUCAGCACAAUUGUUUUAGGUAUCGGCGUUUGCCCUGGACAAUCACUUUUCCUGGGACGCCUGACACUCUCAUCCUGGUCUCGUUGAGAUGCCGUAUGCACACGACGCAGCGUACCGCGUCGCACCGCACCGCGCAGCGCAGACUGGUACACCACCUUUGGGGAGUGGUACGAAUACACUAGAAACACACAGGGGAUUCGAUUCGCGAACCGAUUACAGACACGAAAUACCUUUACUCGGCUCUUGAUGGUUGCCGCUGUUGAUCUCCCUCACCCUUCCGCCAUCACGGUACAGACAUAGGAUAUUCCGAAGGCCGUCAAACUUAUUCUGGCUAUAGUACAUGACAGCCUAGUGGACAAUCCUGGAGGGCCGGCCUGAGCACGUCUACCACCUUACCUAGUUGCCGUACCGCAACUACCAAAGAUGAUCCCAAUACCUAGUUGAUUGCGCGCCAUUGCUAGGUGCUCAGUCUCAAAAGCUAGACACCUGAAUGCAGUUACCCGUCGCAACAUCUCAUGCUCCAACAACCGGAUGUUGUAGCUCAACAACGGAUUCGUUUCGUCCAACGAUUUGCCCUCCAUCAGGCGCAACUCCGAUCUCGUUCCAUUCGUCCCACGUCUGCCCCAGAUGCGACCUCCCUGGCAUUUGGAUCCCGCGGAGAAAAAGUACAAGGCGAACGUAUCCGUACUUGGAGACAGCAGUCAAGGACAUCAGACGCAAGCACACAGUCAUCUCUGAGCGCACCCCCACGGAUAUGGGCUUGACCACCCUCCCCCAGUGCUUUGUGGAGUAACGGAUUUCUCCCCGCUGGGGUAUGCAACACCUUGAUUGGCCACCAUGACGACUAGGGGACGCCGCUCUUUGGGAUCCGGGUCAGUGACACCCCCCUGGUCCCUCUCUACCCCUGGCCCGAGAGAAGUCCGCUGAAGUCCAGGUACUGGAACCUGCUGUGCGCUCCCCCCAGGGCGUUUUAGUUGCCGUCAGGGCACCCCUUGAGUCCCCGUUGGAAUUUUUUACCUCAUCGAUCCCCCAGACCCAGAGAAGUCUCGUCCGUGUCACUUAUAAGACAGGAACGCCCUACACUUACACUCCGAUCGCCGUUUCCUUGACUUGUCUCUGAUCUUUUUGUCACCCUCACAAGAACUAACCUACAUAUACUACUACACGUCAUCUGUUGAAUUCUUCAAUAUCUCAUAACCAUCCCCUGGAUCGUGUCAAAGACCUGAGCUGCUAUCUACACGCCUCAACCUGUCUCAUCUAGACAACGCAACAGCGCCUUGAACCCGCUCCCCUCGAAACAGUCUAUCCGUGACCCGUUCCUCUUCACGAUAUCCUACAAAACAAUGCUUUCCUACGACUCCCCGAUGCCUGUCAGUGGACAAACUCCCAAGUCUCCUUCGGGACUUACCAACGGCGUACAACAAGCCGUUGCCUCCAAGACCCAGCCUAGAGUUCCUGGGGUUCCGACUACGGCAAACAAUGGCGCACACGUAAACGGAUCUCUCGACACCAAGUAUCACCACAUCUGGCUAGUUACUGGUCCCGCUGGCUGUGGCAAGACGACUGUUGCCGAGUACCUCGCUCAAGCUCUGAAGCUGCCCUACAUUGAGGGUGACAGUUUCCACCCUCAAGCAAAUAUCGAAAAGAUGGCCAACGGCAUUCCUCUUACCGACGCCGACCGUUGGGACUGGCUUGUUGCCCUGCGCGAAGAGUCCCGCCACCAGCUGGCUGCGGGCUCCGACGGAGUCGUUCUCACUUGCUCGGCUCUGAAGCGCAAGUACAGAGACGUGAUCCGCGUUGCUGGGUACUACGAUCGUUCGAUCCUCAUUCACUUCAUCUACCUGUCGGCCUCCGAAAGCGUUCUGGUCCAGCGUGUGACGGCUCGCAGCGCUGCCACCAACCACUACAUGGGCGCCAACAUGGUCCGCAGCCAGUUCCAGUCUCUCGAGGCCCCCAUGGCCGAUGAGACCGAUGUCAUCAGCCUCGACGUCAGCCGCUCCCUUGAGGAAGUCAAGCGCGACGCCUUGGCCAACGUCAAGGCCGCAAUGGAAGAGGAGGCAUGAGUUGUAUACCGGCUAUAGAAGGCGUACUGUCAUUGGUCCUUUUUUGGCUGCUUCUUUUUUGGCAAAUUAUCCCACGGGAUAUUGGAGUUCCGGGCAUAGAAGUGAGCGUUUACUUUUGGGUAUUCAUGGCGUCAGCAUUGGGAUCUGGUUCACAAAACCGCUGGCUUUGACAAGUCAGCCUGCAUGCAAUGUACGGAGAUGAAGGGGUGUCACGAGGAUCUGCGCCACGAAUGGCAUCCUUUGCGCAACCCAAUCAGCGGGAUGGAAUUAUGCAAUAGUGAGGGAGGAGGGACAACACAUGGCAACCUGAUAUAUCAAGGCCCGACAGGUUUAAUGGGCUGGCCAUGGAGGCGACAACGGCGACGAUGAGCCGGUUUGACGCUUGUUUCCUCACUCCAUGCAGGGGUUCGCAAAACAGAGAAUUCUCAAUGGUCAGGCUUUGGCCGGGUAGAUUGUUGCGUUUUCUGUCACUUGCAACUUCUCUUAGUUCAGUAUUAUACAAUAUUAUAACUGACGAAAUAUGACUACUACUAC